AUGGACGCGACGCGGACGGUGGCGAGCGCGCUGGAGCUCGGCGCGGGGCCGGCGUGGCACAGCGUCGCGGCGGCGAAGGGAGGGAUACAGGCGGUGGCGCUGGAACAAAACGCGGCGAUGCGAGCGCACGCGAUGAAUAAGUUGGCGGCGCUCGGAGACGCGGCGCCGAGGAAUAUACGAAUCGUGGAGGGGGAUAUGCGAGACGUGGCGAUGGCGCCGACGACGAAACCCGAGGGCGGGUUCGACGUCGCGCUGAUGUUGCUCGGUACGGCGGCGCAUUUGUUGACCCACGACGACGCGAUGCGGUGUUUUAAGUCUGUUCGCGAGAAUUUGAGACCGGGCGGUCUGUUCAUCGUCGAGCUCGAGCAUCCUUGGGAUUUGUUCAGCGGCGAAAUCGCGCAAGGCCAGGGCGACGCCUGGGAACGCGUCGACGAAGAAAAAGGCGUUAAAGUCUACGUCGAGUGGGGUCGAGACGGCGAUAACUUUGACAUCGAGUCACAAAUUUACGAACGCACCGUGUCGUUUUCCCUCGUCGACGCCUCCACCGAAGCCGUGCUCAAGAUUGUGCAAGAGGUCGUGCCGUGCAAAAUUUUCACCGCCCCGGAGAUGGUCGCCCUCGCGAACGCCGCCGGCUUGGAGUUCGCCGCCGCGUACGGCGACAUGGACGGUCGCAUCGCUUUAGACGACGAAAACGCGCACAAUAUGAUCAUGAUUUUUCGUAGGCCUAGCUGA